AUGAUGUGGCGUGUAGCGAUACGACCCCCUUGCACGGCUUUACCGAGUCGCCAAUUAGCUUUGGCAACGCGCAAAAGCCCUGCGGUGCCUUCGACAACCAUCAAUCCACCGAGAAGGUACGUAAAUACCUUGCGAGUCUGGACCUUGUAUGACUGCAGUGGUAUCCAACAAUCACGUGAGGACGAGGUCAUGGCAGAUAUGUGGCGAAGGUGGAAAGCAACGCGUAGGAAACCCGUCACGGCUAACCUAGCCGUGACCCAAUACUCUCUCGAUGAAUCAUGGACUGCGUUCGUGCGACGCUGGAACUCGAAAUCACAUUUCGGCGAAUUAUUACCAUAUCGGAAGGAACAGCGACGGAAGUAUGGACUUUCCGACUUGCGUGAGAAGGUGUGUACAAUGUGUUGGAACGCUGGACGACCGUAUUGUUACUUGCGAAGGUGCAAGGGAUGUCAAUUUCGUCGCGGUGAGCAAGCUCCAACCCGCGACGAGUGGGAAUUGAUUCUUGCGCAAUAUCCAAUGACGGUAGAAGAGCUCCCGUAA